AUGGGUGAUGGAACAACUUCAAUUGAUCGAAUCUCGGAACUACCUGACUUCAUUCUUCACCAUAUAUUGUCAUAUCUUUCGACAAAAGAGGCUGCUCAAACGGGUGUUAUAUCCAAGAGGUGGCAAUAUGUUUGGGAAACAUUUCCCAUCCUUGAUUGUAAUGAAUGGUUUUUCGGAAGAGAAUUGGAUAUACUUAAUCCGAAGGAGCUUGGGAUUCCUAAAGAUGAGCGUCGUAAGAUUUUUAAUCGAAGAUUGAAGUUCAUGAGUUAUGUUGAUGAGAAGCUUCGUCGAUUUCGUGAGGAGAAUCUUUGUGUGAAGAAGUUUUUCCUUCAUAUAACCCUUGUGAGUAACAAUUUGACCCCUCGUGUUGAUACGUGGAUGGACCUGGUAGCUGAUUUGUGCAUUCAGGAAUUAGAUCUCCGUCUUGACAGGAAUGCUGUUAAGCUAUGCUCUUUGGUCGAGCUGCAUCUUAGGGAUGUCUCUAUAGAUGAGGAUACAAUUCAAGAUCUCAUUUUCUCCAUUCAUUCAAUGAAAGUAUUUUCUUUAAAGAAUUGUUUAGGUUUUGAGAAUCUUGAAAUAUGUGAUCAUGAUAAGCUGGAGAAGGUGGUGUACCAUCCUCAUAAAGACUUCAAAGCCAAAACGUUUAGCAUUAAGGUGCGAACAUUAAAAGAAAUUGAUUUUUGUAGUGUUGAUGAAGAAAAGAGGGCAUGUGAAAUUAUUGUCAGUUCUGUUUGCCAAAAUCUGAAACGUUUGUCUGUGGGGUAUUCCCGUUGA